UUGCAACAUCCGGUGAUUUAUCUACCUAGGUAUUUAUUACGGAUAUAACACUGAAAAUUCCGAGUAACACCAACAGAAUAAUGGCCUUACAUGUUGGAAGGGAUGGGUGUGGCGACCUAACCAUUUAGGAGCCUCUUAACACGCUCCUAUUUGGCUAUUUAUAUGUAUGACUACCUAAGUAGUUAUCCCAGUGGCUUCGACCGUCUGCUUUUUCAUUUUAACGCCUAUUUUGUUACUAGAUUCUCCUGAAAGAAAUAGAAGCAACUCUUUACUUUGGCCACAAUGUUCGAUUUGCCAAUGAAUAGCCCGGCUUAUUCGGAAGGUCCUUUUAUUUUAGUCUUACUUGGAAUCGUUUUAGUACUCGCAAGCUAUCUUUACAACUUGUACCUUCACCCUCUCGCCGACAUCCCUGGCCCAUUUUGGGGCCGUAUUAGUGGCAUUCCCUCGUGGUAUUAUACCUGCCGCGGUGAUCGUCACAUUUGGCUAUGGAGGCAGUUUCAGAUUCAUGGUGACAAGAUCCGCCCUGAGCCUAAUACUGUCCUCUUUCGCGAUCCAAAAGCAUACAGCGACAUAUAUAGCAUGAAGUCAAACGUGCGACGCAGCCGUUUUUACGAAGGAUUUAAGAAGAACGAACAUGAGGUUACAACUCUUUCUACCAUUGAUGUCGCUAAGCACGCAAAGCGACGUAGGCGUCUUAAUCUUUGUUUUACCGAGAAGUCUGUUCGUGCGGCCUCGAACUUCGUUAUCAAGCAUGUGGAUCGUUGGAUUGAACUUCUCAAGGAGGAACAUGGGCUUUCCACGGAGUGGUCUGCCACAAUAGACUUCACGGAUAAGAUCGAUGCCCUCGUUUUCGACAUAAUGGGGGAUCUUAGUUUUGGAAGGUCUUUUAAUAGUAAGGAACCGGGUGAAAAUCCAUUGAAAGAAAUACCACACAAUAUUGCCGAGUAUAUGCGAUUCUAUUACAUGAUGUGCCGCCUGCCCGUUCUCGAGGUUUUCCUCUGGCUUAAACCCCGUGGUGUGAACCAGCUCUUAAACCUGAUCGCACCGCCAGCAGCGAGGCGAUAUAACCGCUUCGUCAGCGAAAGCGUUACCAAUCGAAUCGCUCUACAGAGGCAGCAAGCGGGGAUGCCAGAAGCCGACAGACGUCAGGAUAUGUUCUAUUUCUUGGCGGAAGCACGAGAUCCUGACACAGGGGCUCUCGCCUACCGAGAUGGUGAGCUGCGAGCUGAAUCAAGCUUGCUCAUCAUUGCGGGAUCAGACACGACUGCUAUUAGCCUCUCAGGUAUUUUCUUUUAUCUCACCGGUAACCCCCAAUGCUGCUUAAAGCUUGUACAAGAGAUUCGAACGACGUUUGAGUCUGUAAAUGACAUCAUCCAUGGACCAAAGCUCAUGGGCUGCACUUAUCUACGAGCAUGUGUCGACGAGGGGAUGCGACUCACUCCGUCAGGUCCAUCCGAGAUGCCCCGUGAAAUCCUGUCAGGGGGCCUCAAUAUCAACGGGAGGCACUAUCCGGAGGGUACGAUCGUAGGAACAGUACCCUGGGUCAAUUCUCGCAAUCCAGCAGUGUAUGGAGAUCCUGAGGUAUUCCGACCUGAGCGAUGGAUAUUGGACGAAGCGGCUGGUGUAAACAAAGAAACUCUCGCAAGGGCUAAAGCUGGAUUCCACCCGUUUAUCUCCGGGCCGGGAAACUGCGUUGGGCAAAAUCUAGCUAUGUCUACAAUUCUAAUCAUAGUCGCUCGGACUCUAUACGAGUUAGACGUUAGAAGAACCCCUGGAUCCACUCUUGGAGGAGGUAAGGCGGAACUUGGAUGGGGACAAUCAGACCCGAACCAGCUACAGUUGAUCGACGCUUACGUUUCGUUGCGCCGUGGUCCUGAGCUGCAAUUCAAACUGAGAUAGGAUGAUGCAUGGAAAGUUGAUACAUGUAACUAACAUUCUUUUACCACCUAUAUAACCAAACACCGAAGGUACAACGAUUCUACAUUGUCAGUAGUCUAGCGUACGGAGAGGUACAUCGUGAGUAGUACUAAGAGACCUCUUUAUCGGCGUAAGGGAACCCCUAUUGCUGACGUGAGGACAAAAAGGCUAACUGUUCGAGG